AACCCCAACUUUGUGCGGUCCUCCUCUACCUUCGCCUCCGAAGCCCCAAAUUCGCCUCCUCCUCUUCCCACUCGAUACGACCACCUCAAUUGCUACCUCUGAAGCGAGAUCGGUCGGAUCUCAGCUUCUCGAAGCGGUCUGAAGAUCUGAAGCGCCCACCGAUGCCUCCGAGAUCGGAUCUGUUUUCACCGCUCGGCUAGAGCCCGCUUGGCGUCGGUCGUCGGAUAAGGCUCCGCGGCCUCGCGGUUCUGGCUCUCCUCCAGCAAGGAGGCGCUGCUCGGUUCGUAUACUCCCUUUGUGGUGCUUCUCGUGGCAGCUAUGUUGCACGGAACGCAUAUUUCUUGAGGGCCUUCGCGCAAGCCUAUGAGAUUGCGGCAGAAUGUGCUGAUGAUGAUGACGACGCCAAGGACACACAAAAAUGAGUUGAGGAAAGAUGUUCUUGAUGAGCUUAAAAUGCACGACUCAGUAAUGCAGGGAUGAUAAUUCCGGUUAACUGGGAUCUGGACACAAGCUUUUGCCAUUAAUGUCGGACAUUCAUUUCUUGCAGCUGCUAGAGGCUAUUCCAAUACCAUAAAGAGGUCGAUACAUCCUGUUGUGGAGGAUAUGGGGAAACAAAUAACAAAUGAACAAAGGAGUAGUUGUCCCGAUGAAAUAUCUGGCAGAACUCCGAUGAAGAUGCUAAUAUCACAGGAAAUGUGUGGUGGCACAGAGUCUACAAAGAAGCCACCAAGUGUUAUUGCGAGAUUAAUGGGUCUUGAUUCUAUACCAGUGCAGAAAUGGGAGACAAGCAAGGAGAAAGUAAGAAACAAUAGCUAUCUUAGCAAUGGUUUGGCCGAUGAGCUACAUCAAUGCAAACACAACCACAAGGAGUAUUUUGAUGUAUAUGAAGUAGAACAACCGACGAAGGAUAUUUGGAUCGAUGAGCAAUCUGUGCGGAAGGCAAGAUUAGUUGAGAAUUCACAUAAGAUAAGAACAGUCCUUGUUCGGGAGAAGUUUCUUGAAGCUAAACGCUUGGCUACUGAUGGCAAGUUUCUUGAUUCUCAGGAGUUCCAAGAUGCAGUUAAAGUUCUAAACUCAAACAGAGAUUUGUUUAUUAAAUUCCUGGAAGAAUCCAACUCAGUGUUCACAAAACAACCCUUGAAGCCACAGAGCCUCUCUCUGCCUUCUCAGACAACUCCUAUAACUGUGCUGAAACCUUCCAAUACCAUGGACAGUAAAGGAAACCAGUCCAUGGGAAAACAGCUUUUAUCUGAUUCUGAUGCAAAUAUAGGAAAGGUAAGUAGGCGUUAUUGGGGCACUGGUUUCUGUGAGCCAAAGCAUGAUGCCUUAUCUCAACGAACAAGAAUAGUCAUCCUAAAGCCCAGCAAUUUACAUACAUUGCAAGGCACACAUAACUCUAGUCGAGAUCUGAUCGCUGCUGAUGAAUUGGUAAGUUCAAGAAAAGAACUCGAGGAGGUAAGUGAGGAGGAGGAAGAAAGCGUAUCUAGCAUCAGAAAAGAUGAAGCUUUGUCUAUGUCAGUAUUAUCAACUGGAUACAUUGGUGAUGAGAGCUCAUUCAAUAGGUCAGAUUGUGUGUAUUUGGAAGAUGAGGUUGGCAGUACAAAUGAAUAUGAUGCUACAUCUUCAGCUACAGAGUAUUCAUGGGAUUACAUCAAUAAAAUUAGUAGUCCACUCUCGACAUCAUCCUUUAAUCAAACAUCACCUUCUCCUGAAUCAUCAGUUAUUGUAGAAGCCAAGAAAAGGCUUUCAGAAAGGCUAUCAGCUUCUGUCGCAUCCAAUGUUCAUCUUCGAGAACUUAGACAUUUAAGAACCACAAGCACCUUACGAGAGAUGCUUUCCAUUCCCGAGUCAACGAAGCAAGGAAGAAUUGAGGAGGACCUUACUCAUUCUAAUAAACCAUUUGAUGCAGAAGAUAUCCUGAAUGCACCCUCAGCAUCAUUACCUACAUUUGAAGAAACUUCCCAGCAGAAUUCGUUGAGAUCUUCUUUGGCUCAUGGAAUUGACGAUUUUAAUGUCGGGCUCUCUGGGUCUUUAAUGGUCGAACCCACUGUUCGAACAGUGGUUCCCAAGUCAAAUAACAGGAAGUUAUCAUUCAAGGACAAGAUCUCAAGUUUUUUCUUCUCCGGAAGCAAAAAUUCUAGCAGAGACGAGCUUUCUAGAGCUGCCUCAGUCCCUGACGUGAUAUCAUCCUUCAGUGAUACUUUUGUAUCACCACAUGGUAGAUCAACUGAAAUGUUGAUGCUUUCUGAGGGUGUUCCCAAAGAAAAAUCCAGAAAGUUAACUGACUUCCAGGAUAAAUCUGGCCAUAAUUCAGCUUCAGAAGACAUGCUACUCGAUGCAGAGAAUAGUUUGUCAGAGUCUUUUGGAGGGACCAUUGCUGCACGUCCACUGUGUAGGUCUCCACUAAUCAAAUCCGUUCGCUCCUCCUACUUGGACUUGGCAUCAACAAAACCUUCCAAUCCUUUUAUGGUUUUCACCAAGGCAGAUGAAGAGUAUGAGCAGUUUGCGUUCCUCCAGAAACUGCUAUCUUCUUCCGGAAUGAACAGCAUUAACCAAAUGCUGUACAGCGGGUGGUAUUCACUCGAUAGCCCUUUGAAUCCAUCUCUACUGCACGAGUCCCUUCACAUGGAAGACGGGAAAGAGAAAUCCCAGACGAUACUCUCGAGCCGGAGGCUGUUGUUCGACUCCAUAAACACAGCAUUGUUAGACAUCUGCCAGUCUGCAUUGCACGCCGCAUAUCCAUGGACCCAAAGGCCAGUUCACAAACCCAGAAAAGAACACCAUGACGGUGAUGCCGCAGUGGCAGAGCAAGUCUGGGCGAUCGUUAGAAAAGGGUCGAAUGGCGACAAGUGGAUAUCAAAGGAGCCCUGUUAUAAUAGCAAUAUGUUGACAAAAGGCGACUACUGUUAUAAUAGCAAUAUGAUAGAUAGAUUGGUGAAGGAAGAGGUCGCAGGGAGUCAAGGAGAUGCAACAAGGUGGCUGGAGGUGUGUGAAUUCAGCAAGGAGAUUGGUGGGAAGGUGUUGGAGGAGUUGGUCGAAGAAUUACUUUCUGAAUUAUCCCAUAGUUGAAGGUUGUCAUCAUCCGGCCCUGUAAUAUGAUUGUAUUAUCAGAUAAUUGGUGCUAAUCCAUUAAUGAGAACUAUGUUUUUUGUAUUA